GAUUGGAUAAGUUACAAGCUGUGUGUCGAAAACCUUAUACAAUUGCUGUCACUCUUAUUUUGACUUUUUCAAAAUGAUUUUCGAUUAUUGUUUAUCUUAGGCAGAAAAUUUUGCUAUGGCUGAAGAAAUCGAUCCAGCAAUAAUCAAGAAAACACAAGAAAUUCUAGGAAGUAUUAUUAAAAAACCGACUUUGACUGAAAAGAACUUAAAAAAACCACCCUUUAGGUUUUUACAUGAUAUCAUAACUAACAUUAUCAAGACUUCUGGUUUCUUAAAAGGUCUUUAUGCAUCAACGGAACUACAUUCGGAAAAUGUGAAGGAUAAGGAAAGCAAAGUCCUGUUUUUGCAGAAAGCUGUAGAUGUUUUAGCUCUUGUUACUAAUCAGCCUGUAAACUUGAAGCCUUCAAAAGUUGUUGCUGGUCAUGAUCCUCAAAAAACUAACUUGUUUCUACAAAUACUUGGUUCAGCUGUGAAAAAUAAGCUUGAUAGCAAAGAAGCUGUUGCAAAAGUAUUAUCAGGGAAUAGUCAAAGUUCCCCUACUAAAGCCCCUAAGGAGCGACGAGCAUCUGUUGAUAAAAGAAAAGAUAAAACAAGUGAAAAGUCCCAUUCAAGAUCUCUAACGAAAACACUUGAUCCUGUAAAAAAAAGCUCUUCAUCAUCUAGUCAAAAUAAAGAUGCAACCAAAUCUAAAGACAGUGAUAAAUCCAAAGACAAAAGUCGAGAAUCUCGAAAAGACAGAGAAAAAUCCAAAGAUAGAUCAAAGCAAAAAACAGAAGAUUCUAAAAGGAGUUCUAAGGAUAGAGUUUCUAAAACUAAAGAUCCACCUCCUCCGCCUGAAGAAGAAGAAAACAAGACUGAAAAUUUUGCGGUUGCCACUGAUCAUGAACUAAAUAAUGUAGAAAACCAUGUGCCUGCUUUAGAAACUAAUCUUAGUGAACCAUCUACUAGUAUGAUGAAUGGAGAUGCACACUCAAAAGAUGACGUUGGGGAAUCAGAAUUUGUAGAUUCUCUUAGUGAAAAGCCUAUUCGAGAAAAAAGUCAUCGCUCUCAUUCAAGUCGAAGUGCCCGUCCACCAUCAGCAAGAAGUAAAAGAACAAAACCCUCUGAAAGCAGUGCUGAUACAGAAGGUACUGAACCUUCAAAUACCAAUCUCUCCAACCAACCUGUUAUGAUGAAUGGCAUUGGUAGCUCUGAAAACUUUGAAAAUAUGUUGUUGCCUAGCUUUAGACCACCUUCAGCCAGGCCUCCAUCAGCUAGACCGUCCAGUUCUCGACCUGCUCCUCCUAGAAUAAGAGUCCGAAAUGUUGUUGAAAGUGAAGAACCGAGCCUCCGUCCAGCUACAGCAAAACCUGUUGAAAAUGUAAUUUUAGACCAAGGUCAACAGUCAGAUGAAGAUGAAGAUAAUUUUAUUGUUAUGGAAACAGAGCCUCAAGAACUUUUAGAAGUACAGACAUCCAAUACUACAUCAGCUGUUACACCAGAUGAAGAUAAAGGAAGCCUAGUGAAAAAGUUACUGGAAACCAAGAAAGACUUGGAAGGGGGUAGUCAACACACACCAACUAAAAAAGUUGACAUUGAUAGAUCCCAAAUGUCCGAUGUGACCAGGGCCCAUGAACGGGAUUCUGCAUCGAAGGAGCUUGGACAAUUACGCAGCUUCGUCCAGUCGUUGAGCAAAACUGCAGUGCCUUUGGGCCGUAUGCUGGACUUCUUGCAGGAAGAUCUAGACUCUAUGAAAAUGGAACUCAAAAUGUGGAGAGAAGAGCAUGAGCAAAAUCUGGUAGCUCUUCACAAGGAACAGAAUGCUACAGAAACUUUAUUAGAGCCAUUGCGUGCCCAGUUAGAUGAUCUGGAUCAGGUUGUUCAAAAUCAACUCGAUGCUAACAGUGCCCUGAAAGCGUCUAUAGCUCGCAACGAUGAGAGGAUAAAUCGGAUGCUGUCCUCUGUCAAUCACAAGUCUUGAUAGUGCAGGAAGUGAUGAGAAAAAAUAUCUACUUAUAUAAUCUAUACAUACAUACCCUUUGGCUGGUCUAUUUAUGUGUACUUAAAAACUAAGAAUGUCACUUGUAAAAUAAGUUGAACAUUCAAAUAUGCAAUGUAUUAAGCAAUAAUUUCAAGCUAAACUUAACAUUGUUGUAUUAUCUAUGUAUAAAAAUUGUGAAAAUCACAUAUGUUUAUAGUAGCAUCACAUUUGCUUUACAUUGUUUCAUUGCACAAUUGUUGGUAUUGGUCUGUGUAUAUAUUAGCUAAGGGAUGCCAGCCACUGAAGAUUUAAACCAUGGUAAUUUAGCAAUAUUACUGUUAUCCUGUGUCAAGGAGCACAACUGUUUGGGGGGAGCAGCGAGCAGUUUUUAAGCCAUCCUAAUUAGAUACUUUUGAAUUAUUAAGUAUUAUUUUUGGGGGGAAAAUUUCUGUGCUCUAACCAUAAUAAGUAUAGUAUUUGACAUUUAAGCGAAUCCAAAGAAAAUUAACAAACAAAAACAUUGUUAUAAUUUAAUUUUGCUUUUUAUAAUAUAAAGAAAAAAUUCCAAUUUAUUUUUACUUUUUACAGCUUACUAGCAACUAAUAUUUUUAAAAUAUAAAGAAAUGCUUUGAUUGUAAGCUUUAAGUUCACAUUUUUAUUGCGAUUGAGUGUUUAUCAAUUAUAUUUUUUAAAAAAUUAUUUUAACUGAAAUGUUUUACUAUGUAACAAGUAGUAUUCUUUUAUGGUUAAGCUUUUAAUUUUAUAAAAAAGCCAAAAAUAUAUUAAUUAUGCGAAUUUCUGUAAAUUAGGGUACUAAGUGACACCCUUAUUGUGUUUUUUAUUGGAAGAAGGUUCAAGUGCCUUUAACAACAGUCUAAUUUU